AUGCCUCAAUCUCAGCUUCCCACUAUCGAGCCCGACACUGUCACGGAUAUCGCUGAGUCGGUCGAUCAUGAAAUCAAACAGGCAGAGAAGGGCGCGAAGGGCAAGACCAAGCCCAAGCCCAAGACCCUCAAGCGAGUCCUUCCUUCCAGCCCAGGCUUCCAGAUGUACCAGAAUGCCGCCGGUGAAGACCUCCAGAUCCUUGGAGACAUGGACGAAGGCAUGGCCUUCAAGAAUGCGCUCCGCACCGCGUCCCCCAACCUCGACAAGGAGGCCGUUGACCUCGCCAUUGCCAAGCUCUUCCUCGAAGCCGACAGACUCUCCGGUCAUAAAGAGCACAUCACCGAGAGCAUUCCCGGCCUCCUUCUUCUCGCCGCCAAGCAAGCCCCCUGGGUCGUCGCUGCCAAGAAGGAUAUGAAGGCCACCGUCGCGGCCAACGUCAUGAUGUGCCUCUACGAGGCUCGCAGAAUCGCCGUCAAGUUCUCCCGCUAUAGACAGCACCCCAUCGAGGAUUACGCGAAAGAGACGACCACUGCCCUCGCUAUCGACAAGUUCCGCAAGGAGAAGCCCUACGAUAAGCCCGAGGAGAUCUUUGCCGACUUCACCGAAGAGCAGCGCAAGAAUAUGAUGGGCAAGAUCAUCCGACGUGAGAAGGCUGACUGGGAUGGAAAGCACGUGGAUGAGGACUGCGAUACUAAGAUGGGUGUGGACGACGCCAAGGAGUUUGCGGAGGCUCAGAAGGCGGCGCAGGCCGAGUUACAGGAGGCUCUGGAGCAGAAGAUGAAGGAGCUCGGGACCACAGGCACCGCUGGCUUCCUGGCUUAG